CGAUGAUUUUUUCAAGAGUAUUUGAUAUCCUGUGUUUUAGAUAUUGACGAUUAGCGCUUUGGUGAGGGCUCUCUGAGGCGCGUACUGUGUCUUUAAAUGCCGCUCCUCCCCCUCCGCUCUCCUCUGCUCUGGAGGUGCUGAAACGUCGCCUUUCUCGUUUCAGAGCUCUAGCAGCCAUGGCUGAAAUAAAGACGGGCAUUUUUGCCAAAAACGUCCAAAAGAGGCUCAGUCGGGCGCAGGAAAAGGUUCUGCAGAAGUUGGGAAAGGCGGAUGAGACAAAAGAUGAACAGUUCGAGCAGUGUGUGCAGAAUUUCAAAAGACAGGAGUUUGAGGGCUCUAGGCUUCAGAGGGAGAUGAAAGCCUACAUAGCAGCUGUCAAAGGGAUGCAGCAAGCGUCUAGGAACCUGACAGAGUCAUUACAUGAAGUAUAUGAGUCUGACUGGCACGGCAAAGAUGAUGUCAUGGUUAUUGGAAAGAACUGUGAUGCUUUGUGGGAGGACUUCCAUCAGAAGCUGGUAGACUCUACCAUCGACACACUGGAAACAUAUUUGACUCAGUUCCCAGAUCUCAAGAUACGUGUUGCAAAGAGAAGCAGGAAGUUAAUUGACUAUGACAGUGCAAGGCACCAUCUUGAGACCCUGCAGGCUCAACCAUGA